AUGGACAGAUCCCACGCCUACGAUAUCAUCGGGAUUCCAGCAUGCUGUGUCCUUAUGGGCUUCGCAGAGCGCACAGUGCGCCUCACACUCGUGGUGGAGACUGGAAGCAAGAAUCGCAAGGAUCUGACUCUGACGACGACGAGAAUUGAAGUGGAGACAGACCCGUGUGACGGCGGCUGGGAAGACAGUACCGUUGGAACUACAACGACUAUGUGUAUGAUUAGAAGUGUGGAGCGCGACGCAGUGAACAUGCUAACGACCAGCCUCGUCAACGAGGACCUCUGA